UUUGGGAGGGUCGAGAGUGGGGGUUUUUGUUUUGUCGCGGGAGAACGAGAAACUAGUGGCUCCUACCCGCCCCUCACCACCCCUACCCCAGCCCCUCACCAUGAUCACCUCCCUAGAUUAUACCGUAGGCACCAGAUAGGGCUCAGCUGAGUGGAUAUUUAGGGAGGUGCGCGGGUGUAGUUGGAGUUACGCAGCAACUAGAGAGAGACAUGGCGACUUGUCAGCGAGCGUGGCGCCAACCCGCUAAAUCCCCCCACAUGUUGCCUUUAUCUGGCUCCCAACACCUCUCCUGAAGCACACUCACCUCGCUCACCCCACCUGGCUCACACACCCUCGCCGUCAACACCACCCAUCAACCUGAGGAACACUUUUACAACAAGCUUCAUAGUUGAGAACAUUAGCAGUACACCGUGAACAACUUGCUACCUGGUUUAAAUCAAGAUCUCCAGAUGUACAAGUUUAUCAAGAUUGACUGUUAAAAGCAAUAUAUAGUUCCUAGCUUAUCUUAAAGUACAAAUAUGAUAUAACAAUUUGCUGGUCUGUAGUUGAUGGUGGAAAUUUUUCUUGUGGACGUGACAACUAUAAUAAUGUACAAUAAGUGGCUGUGAAAUGGUGGUGCUUUACCUAGGAGAUGUUGGGAGACAAGAUAUACAAAGCUAGUAACUGAACUAAGUGAAAUUCCCAGUGGCCUUCUCACCUGUGUAGACCAGAGACUCGCUUAACAACAUAGAACGACGCGUAACGACAUAGAGAAAAAGUAGCGGUUUCCACGGCUUGUCGGUUACUGUACUUCUAAUUGGCCUAAAAGGUUCUCUUUAUGGAUUCAUCGGUGAAACCUUCCCUCGACCACUAUCAAAAGUCUUUCCAAGGUGUGUAGGCAUAAAGGAGCCAUGGACUUCACAAUGAACAUGAUCGACAAUGGUCGGGGGAUACCUGCGACCCAGGCUGCUGCAGUGGCUGCCAUGGGAGGUCAGGUGGCCUACCAGGCACACGCUGUCAGUGUCACCCCCACGGUCAGCCAGCAGCAGCAGCAGCAACAGCAGCAGCAACCGCCUCCACCACAACAACAGCAGCAACGAGGCAGUCUGCAUGAGAGCGAUGGUGGGGCAGGGUUGGCGGGGGAGGGCAAGGUUCAGGAGUUGACGAAGGACGACUCCCAGGGAGCCUUCACUCCUCCGCCCCGAGUGUCUUCUGUUGCAUCGCACGAGAGUCGCGUGGAGAAGGGUACUGACACUACGGACUUUGAACCACUGAUUAAGGUUGAGAUUAGGGGGGGUAUACCGGGGCUCAACACAGGUACUGAGAAGGACAAGAACAGUAUCGUUCAGUUGCACUUCAACAGUGUCAACGAGGUGUUACAUUAUUUUUCCCAGCGGUCAGUGCCACAGCACAUUGAUGCCUUCAAUCUUCUCACCAACCCAGACUUGGUGCGCAAUAUCAACCCCGACCUGGUGCGUAACCACUUCCUGUACGUGCCCAACCCUCAGGAGGGGGUGCGGGUGGCAUCCAACGGUUACAGUUCAGGAGGAUCCAACUCCGCCCAGACUCCGCCAGCGCAGGGUGGAGCGGCCACGUCGCCCGUGGUGGUCAAACAGGGCUCCGGCAGCAGCGGCGGUUACGGCAAGCAGGGCGACAGGCGACGAGACAGUAGCCAAGGUUCGUUGACGCCCGGUGCGAUCUUACCAAGACCAGGAGUGGACACGUCCGGUGCUUCGUUUAUGUGCUGGAUCUGUGGCGCAGAUAUGCAAAAAUCACUACAGUUUGAAGAACACAUGGUAGACCAACACAGUGUGGACAAGCCCUACAGGUGUGAGGACUGUGGGGUCACGUUCAAGCGCAAGGCGCACUUGGAUCGUCAUCGGCGUAUCCACUUGCCCACUCGACCAUACCAGUGUGCAGUGUGUGGCAAGGGCUUUACUCGCAAUGAACACGUUCGUCGUCACUCGUUUACUCACUCCGGAGAGAAGCCCUACCACUGUCCUACCUGCAACAAGACGUUCUCACGGCGGGAGCAUCUUACCAAACACCUGCUGAGCCACACCAAACCACCGGGCCCACACAGUCCACCUCCAAGCGGCCAUCCUCACACCCCAGGUGAGUAUGAUUACAUGUGCUCACCUGCGGACUCACCCACCCCCCCUCAGCAGCAACAGCUGGGGCACGUGACGGCCGCGGCCAUCACCACUCUCGGCGGGGCGGGCCAGAUUCCGUCCAGUCUUCUGCAUGCGGCUGUGCCACAGUUGCUGCCGCCCUCCGCCACCCACGGUAGCAUCAAGCACCAGCAGCCUCAUCACCGUCUGGCUGCACACCAUAGUCAAGGUUUGGCCACAACACUGUUGCUGCAGACCACAGAUCAGAAUGGGCGGCUGGUCACGAUCAACCAGGGUACGGGCACUGCAGUGCCCACUUCUGUUGUGACCACUUCGUCCAGUAGCCACCAUGCUGGCCAAGGAAGCAGUAGCCAUACGGGAGGCGGCAGUUCUGGGGGAUCCACCCGUGGUCUUAACCAUAACGGUGAGCCCGUUCCACGUCCCUACCAGUGUGGGGUCUGUGGCAAGUCUUUCAUCCGUAAUGAGCAUCUCCGACGCCACGUGCUGACCCACUCUGGUGAGAAACCCCACGCUUGUGGAACGUGCGGGAAGGCCUUCUCGCGUCGUGAGCAUCUCACAAAACACAUGCGGUCUCAUAUAAAGGUAACUGCACCGGGCCAGUCCAGCUCCCAGCCCAGCCACGGUUCCAUCCAGGUCGGCGGCGUGUCGGGCAGCGUGGUCGCUCCCCAGGUCACGACGGCCGUGGCACAGACUGCCACCGUAUCCUUACCGACACCCAGUGUAGUGGCAACUAGCAAUGCUCAUCAACAACCCCCGCCGCACGGAGUGACCCACACCGUUGCCGGUUCUCACGGCACGCCCGUCGCCCACGCCGCGCACCUGCCCCCGGGAACCCAUUAUCUGCCGAUGUUUGGAUUGUUGGCAGAGGUAGUGUGAGGAUCUCAGUAGCACUAUCUCACAAUGGCAGCCUCUCUUAAUUUACAGAUGUCGGCAGCAGAGGCACCUCACUCCUCGUGACGAUUAUCGUGAUACCCGACCACGUUUGACUCGACCCAAACGCAAAAUGGUGCUGGGCCUAGUGACCUAUACGAGCCAGAUCGCGGCGGGGCUGGGACGAGUGCGGUGCUGAACGAUGCAAGCUGUAGAUAAUGUUGUGCCAUGAUCUCCCUGUAGCUGUGAGCACUAGAUUUUCUCUGUUGUUGCUAGUAAGUUGGUGAGCAAGUUUUGCCCACCCACUAGGUAUAUGUCAGUCACCCCUGUGUGAACCUUUGUCUGACCCUUGAUCACAUUCCAAUCCCUCUCUAGUUGUCUCUUUGGCUACACUAAUUAAUUAGGGGGAAAUUAUCAUUGUGAACAUCAGAAAAUUGUAAUUUUUUUAAAAGACAAAUUUUGCAUUAACAAUUUUAUGCAGUUGUAUGUACUUAGAGUAUUUGUAAUAUAAUUGGAAAAUUGAGUGUGACUUAAUUUGGAAGUUAUAGAUGCACCUUGCCAAAGGUUGAUAGUUGGAUUACUAAGGGACAACCAUUAUCCCCAAAGUGUCAAGGCAGCUCUCAACAUGGCGACCACAGACAAGGCACCAACUAUUUUGCCGUUCUUUUAUUUCCAUGCAUAUUUUUUUUACAUGGAAUUCACAUUUGGAAACAAACUUUGUCUGUGUGCAUAGACCAUGUGAUGUAUUGUAGUGUAACUUGUAAAGAAGUACCUUUUAAUUGUAAAGUGAUAUCCCUGUAAUUAUUUUUAGGAGCUUUUCUUCAUAAGCUUAUUGUAGAUGUGUUGAAGGUAGUGUUUUAUACUAGACCGAUGCUUUGUGUCAGUUUUUUGGGCCACACAAAGCAGAUUUAAGAGAUUAUUUUCAUGUCCAAAGUUAUCACUCCCAACCCUAUACUGUAUUAGUCCAGAGGAGACCUAAUGGUGUCAGUUUCAUGACAUUAAUUGGGUUUUUUACAUUUUUUGAGUUUUCAUAGAAUUAGAUCUUAUAGGCAGGUUGACAAAGACAGUGCGUGCGUCACUCUGCCGGAAAUCUUGAAAUGGUUACUGUGUCUAAAGGUGCUCAAAUAGAUGAUAACUUUGGAUUUGCUUUUAAAUUAUAGUAAACAGUAAAGGAGAUCUGAAUUUUAAUCCCUCAAUAAGAGGUCAAGUUUAUGGCAAUCACAAGUUGUUUUAACAGUCUGGCAUUACAAGAUAGUUUUAUUUUUCGUGAUGUCUGUAGGUGUUUUGAAUCGUUGAUACUUUAAGCUUUUUGCAUAUUUAUCUUACUGGCUGUUUGCCAUUAAAUGUGGAUUUUGAUUCACAAGAACCUUUUUUUUAUAUAAUAUAUA